CUAGAUUAUGGGUCAGAUAGAAGACCAUCGGUUUUAAUCUGGUUGACUCCAGUGGAUUUAAUUCACCGUUAUACCUUUUUUAGCUCCAAAUCGGGAAUAUAAAUUGACAUAUUUUACUGGUUGCGAUAGAUUUGACGCUCCUCUGCGACUCCAACUGCGCAUUUUGUCCGCGGAAACACGGAGAGGAUGUUUAUUAUCACACGCUGAAACAAUAACGGCGCGUUUGUCGAGCCUUAAAGAAUAAAAAAGAAGAAGGUGUUUCCACCACCAGGCUGUCAAAGAUAGAUGAGAGGAGGAUAGAUGUGAUUCUGUUUACCCACUGCGGGCGAAACCAACAAAAACCAUCCAAAUGAUGUCAGGAAAGCAUUUCAAGGCUCAUGAAGUGAGCUGCUGCAUCAAGUAUUUCAUCUUCGGAUUCAACAUAAUAUUCUGGUUCCUUGGAGUGGCGUUCCUCGGCAUCGGGCUGUGGGCAUGGAGCGAAAAGGGUGUUCUCUCCAACAUCUCGCACAUCACAGACCUGGGGGGCUUUGACCCGGUCUGGCUCUUCUUGGUGGUCGGCGGUGUGAUGUUCAUCCUCGGAUUUGCUGGCUGCAUCGGAGCACUGCGAGAAAACUCUUUCUUGCUCAAAUUUUUCUCCGUGUUCCUGGGUAUCAUCUUCUUCCUGGAGCUGACUGCAGGAGUCCUGGCCUUUGUCUUCAAAGAUUGGAUCAAGGACCAGCUCAACUUCUUCAUUAACAACAACAUUCGGGCCUACAGAGACGACAUCGAUCUGCAGAACCUGAUAGACUUCACCCAGGAAUAUUGGGAGUGCUGUGGAGCUUUUGGAGCGGACGACUGGAAUUUGAACAUCUACUUCAACUGCACUGAUUCCAACCCGAGUCGUGAGAAAUGCGGAGUGCCCUUUUCUUGCUGCACCAAAGAUCCAGCAGAGGACGUCAUCAACACUCAGUGUGGCUACGACAUCCGAGCAAAAACGGACUCUGAGCAGCGAACCUUCAUCUAUAUCAAAGGAUGUGUUCCUCAGUUUGAGAAGUGGCUUCAAGACAACCUGACAGUUGUGGCGGGCAUAUUUAUUGGGAUUGCAUUACUACAGAUUUUUGGCAUCUGUUUAGCGCAGAAUCUUGUGAGUGACAUUGAAGCUGUGAGAGAGAGUUGUUUGUUUACCUAAGACCUCCACAGAAUCUCCAAAGGCAAGAAGGAUGUACCAGUGGUCUUUCUUUUCUGCAGGACUCUGCAGUUUGGACGUCGCAGUGAAGGGAAAUAAAUUAAUCAGCUAAUGUGUCCAAAACAAAGAGUCUCAUUCACAUGUAAAUAGUAAAUGUAGAGUUAUUUUUAGAGUUAUUUGUGGCCCUUUUUCUGAAUGAAGCGCAACCUCUAAAAUGUUUUGUAGCUCUCAUACAGUACCAAUUAAACAAAUGCAGUAUAAGUGCUUUACAGUAUAAACAGCUAAGGGUGAAAUGGCUCAAAGGAUAAGUUCAGGUUGCUUUAGUUUGUAAGUCUGUAAGUGAAGAUCUUGUUGAUGAAUUGGUAGGUUUGAUGUUCUAUCAGAGGUAGUGCUUCAUUCAGAAAAGGUUGGUUUUAUAUCUCUCACAGCUGCAGUUUUUAACACUGCAUGGAAGGGUUGUGUACAAAGAUUAAAGUGAUUCUGGAAAUGCACUGCAUGCCUUUUGUCUACUGGUAGGACAUUGGCUUUCCUAACUGUAUUUCAUUAAUGUUAAGUAUUUUAAAAAUAUUUGUAAAAUAGUCACUAUAGUUUAGGGUGAAUUGGCUGGUUAGCACUUUGUUGAAUGUUUAAUGGAGUCUGCUUCAAGCGACGGGGAAUUCACUAUAGAUUUAUUUCCAUCUGUGACAUUAUGCUUGUAUUCUACAGAUGCAGUUUGUAUGCAGAGUUUUGUGGGGCUGAGGUGGAUAUAAAAACAUGUAUCAUGAUGGAAUAUAAUUGAUGUUGUUGGCUUGGUUUGUUAAGAGUUUUGGCAGUGACAUUAAAAAAAAACGUGUAAGUAUACUAAAAGAAAGCAGAAGAUAUGGCAUCCGAAUCAAAACUCAGCCUUAAGCACUUUAAUCUUCAUAUAAGAGAGAUUUCUGUCAUGACGGACUGUUAUUUAAGUCAAGCAGCAGCCACUGGAGGGGGCACUUUUCCUUAAAAACCUACUGCAUAUGGUGCUCACAAAAUUUCAGAUAUAUUUCCAAAAAACAGUUUAACAGGAUUUUUUUUUCAGUGCAUUAUGAGUGUUGUAUAAUUUCCUGCACAUUUCCUUACUGUCAGUGUUUAUUCAGUCACUUUCCUCUGUUUCUUUUUAUAAUGUGUUUUUUUGAUGGAUUCUGCCUAAUUACUUUUUUUCGUGUGUGUGUGUGUGUGUGUGUGUGUGUGUGUGUGUGUGUGUGUGAGAUUUGUUAAUCUUUAAGUUUUCACUGGAAAAAUGAGGAUAAAAACUAUUUCCAAUGCUCAUAAUGACUGGCAUGCUUGGUUGCACUUAACUGAAGCUAGAAAUGAUUUAUAGCCUGCAUACAUAUACAGUACUUGAAAGUGGAGCACACAGGCUCUCUCACCAGCAUUAUUUUAAAUGCAAACUUGAGAACCUUGUUUUUCUUUUCUUUACCUGGAAGCAUAUCACUGCAUAGCAUGAAAGUAGAACGCAGACGUUUUAAAGGCCGUAUGGACAUGCAGUAUGUCAAUAUGAGAUUUUCCUUUGCAGUCAAGUCUUCUGCAGCCUUGAUGAACUCAACUUCCUCACACAAAGAUAUAAAAAGAGUAUUUCUGCAUUUUUAACUCAGCAUUAUAAAUGUAACCGCUGCAACAGGGGUCAAAUAUCCUUUUUUUUCCACUAAAAGCUUCAUAUGAUUGUUGUUGACUGAUCACACUUUCUUACCACUCAGUGCCAUAUUUGUAAUUUCUACAUACUCCUGAUCAUAACUUUUGUUUCAUGUGUACUCCUCUUGUAAAUAACUGGAUUGUGACAAGAUGUAAAUAUAUAUCUGAAUAAAUGUGGGUCUUUGUAA